CGGGAACCCGACGCGAGCUUGGCUGGAGGCGUCAGCGGGACUCCGGGGAAUGGGAGGGCAGUAGCCGGGCCCGGCAGGACCCGACCGGAAGCUGACCCUCAGAGCGAGCCCAGCAAGGAGCCGCCCUCCCGAAGGCCGCGACUGCACCUGGCCGCAGACGGCGGGUGAGGUCGGCGAGGCCGCCAGGCAGAUAGGGCGGUCGGGCGGGGCGCGCGCACCCGGAGCCGGCCCAGACAGGGACGGAGGGAGGGAAGGAGAUGCCGGGCCACAAUCGACGCCGCCGACCAAGAGGAAGCCCGCGCGGACGCCUUUCCGGCCCAGCAAACUAGCCGGAGGGGAGCCCGAGCCUUGCCUGCCGCUUCCGCCGGACGUCCCCUCGAAGAAAGGACGGGGGUGGCCCUCCCCGCGAGCCCACCCGCCUCAAGAGGCCUCCGCGCCCUCGGAGCCGCAUGUGCCCGCGGAGCCGCACCGCCUCGCCUCGCCUCGCCUGCCGGGCAGAGGCUCGCGCGUCCUGAAGGCGGCUCCGGCUCCUCUCUGCGCUUAGAGGGCGGCGCGGCCGAGGCCGCCGCCUUGCGCUAAACCGGAGCGCCUCUUCCGCCUCGGCCUUUCGCCUGAGCGCCACGCCCGCCGCCCCCGCCCCCGAGGGGAUGCCCGAAGGCGCGCCGGGCCCACUUGCAGCUGCGCCCCCCCCAUCCGCCCCUGCCGACGAUGGUGACUCUUGAAGGCGCACCCGCCGCGGCCUCGCCUGAGGACUGGACGGGGACGGGGCCGCCGAGCGCCUCAGGGACCGCCGCCGCCGCCGCCUCGUCGGCUCGCACUUCGCCCGAGGGUCCUUCGCUGCUUCCGCCGCCGCCGCCGCCGCCGCCCUUGAGCCUGGUCGACGCCGCGUCCUGCGAGGGGGCGGCCGAAAAGCCGUCCACGCGGCGUCCGGUCCGGCUGCGGAACUUCAACUGGGAGGCGAUCCCGGCGGAGCGCAUCCGCGGGCGCCCCAACCUCUGGACGGCGGCGCGACAGCGCGGCGACUGGGCGCCCGACUGGCGUCUGCUGGAGGAGCUCUUCGGGCAGCGGCCGGAGCCGGGCGGCGGCGGGCUCCGAGGCCUCCCCGCAACGGAGCAGGCCUCCCUUUUGGAUGCCAAGAAAAUCCUGAACCUGGGGAUCUUCCUCAAGCAGUUCAAGAGGCCAGUUCAAGACAUCGUGGCAGACAUCUACCAUGGCACAGGAGUGCCUUAUGGGCCGGAGAAGCUGCUGGAGCUCUUCAGGAUGCUUCCGGAUGGGAAGGAGGUGGAGAAGCUGGAGACUUUCCAGGGCGACCGGAGCCGCCUCUCAGAGGCCGAAGUCUUUGCGCUGCUCCUCAUCCAAAUGCCCAGCUACGCCCGUCGCCUGGAGCUCCUCGUGUUGAAGCUGCAGCUGCUCCCCCAGCUCAGUGCCCUACAGUCCGCCAUCCAGACCCUGACCAAGGCCGCCGUGGAGCUGCUGGGUUGCGAAGAGCUGCAUGACCUCCUUCGGCUGGUGCUGCAGACGGGGAACUACAUGAACGAGGGAGGCUAUGCCGGCUCUGCCUGCGGCUUUCACGUGUCGUCCCUGCUGAGGCUACCAGACACGAAGGGCAACCAGCCGGGCAUGGACCUCCUGCAUUUCGUGGCCUUGGAGGCCGAGAGGAAGGAUCCCGGCCUUCUGCACUUUCCCCGGCGGCUCCAGCAUGCGGCCCCUGCCUCACGGAUCGAUGACCAGGAGGUGGCGGCAGAAUUGCAGAGCCUGGAGCAGCGUCUCUUGGGAGCUCAGGGGGAUCUGGAGGGCCUGGGCUUGGAGGCCCAGAUGGGGCCCUUCCUGCACUUGGCGGAAGUGCAACUGAAGGCCGUGAAAGCCGCCCAGCAGGGCCUUCGGCAGGCCACCGCCAGGCUCUCUGACUUCCUCUGCGAAGACCCCGAGGCCUUCAGCUUGCCCGAGUGCUGCGGCAUCUUCCAGGCCUUUGGGGAGCGUUUCCUCGCGGCCAUCGAGGAGAACCGGGCCAGAGAGGCCACCAUGCACCGGGAGCAGCGGCGGCGGCGGCAGCAGGAGCAGGCGAAGCACAAGCGGCGCUCCAUCGCCACCUGCUCCUUCCAAGAGCCGGGCCUGCAGGAUGUGGAGCUGGACCUGCUUGCCCUGUGGACUCCUGCCUCUGGGCGCCGCAGCCGCCCCCCACGGGGUCCCCGCUCCUCUGAAGGCAGCCACUGUGGGAGGGAGAGGCCCCCGCACGUCAACCGGCGCCACACGCUCACCGUGCUGUCUCCCUGCUCUGAGACCCUCAAGGCUGCCCCUGAGGCAUCUCCCCCGGCCUCUCCCCCGCCCCUCCCCAGCCGUGGCAAGAGGGCCGGGUUCUUUGGCCAGGGCCUCAAGGCCUUGUUCAGCUCCCCCCCAGCCAUGCCUGCCUCCCCCACCUCCACCCAGGGGCCCCUCUCCCCCAGCAGCUUCCGCCUGCCUCCCCUCUUCCAGGGGAAGGGGCCCGAGAGCUCCUCGUCCCCCACCUCCAAGGAGGUCUGUGGCCUGGUGGGUUUCCUGCGUCGCCUGAGUGUAGGGGAGAAGCCCCGCAGCCCCUCCUAGUCCGAGGCUGGGUCCCUGGUCUAGCAAAGGGAGCUGUCACUACUCCCCUAUGCCCCCCCAGCCCCCUCAGUGUGUGUGGGUCCAGUCGGGGGCUGUUUUAACCUCCUCUUGUUUCCUUUCCCUGCCUUGACUAGUGUUAAGUGACCACUUUGUUUACGCUCAAUAAACCUUU